UGCAACACCCCGAGGAAGCAGGAGGCGGCGUGGCGCAGACACAGCCGCAACAGGAAAUCAGCCGGAGCCGGAGAAGAGAGCGAUGGCCAGGAGCGUGGACCUCCCCGUGGUGGAUCUCGCCUCCCCUGACCUCCGCGCCGCCGCCUCCUCCGUCCGGCAGGCGUGCGUGGAGCACGGGUUCUUCUACGUGACCAACCACGGGGUGGAGGCCGGCCUGCUGGAGGCGGUGUUCGCGGAGAGCAGGAGGUUCUUCGAGCUGCCGAUGGAGGAGAAGAUGGCGCUGCGGCGGAACAGCAGCCACCGGGGGUACACUCCGCCCUACGCCGAGAAGCUCGACGCUGCGUCCGAAUUCCAAGGAGACCUCAAGGAGAGUUUCUACAUUGGGCCUACCGGAGACGGAGAUUGGCAGAAUGAUCUAAACCAAUGGCCCUCUGAAGAGCACUUUCCGUCUUGGAAGGAGACAAUGAAGUUGUACCUUACAGCUGUUCUUGCUACUAGCAAAAGGAUACUCUCUCUAAUUGCAAUGAGCUUGGAUUUGGAUGAAUUCUUUCAGAAGAUUGGUGCAUUCAACAACCCGUCACCAGUUAUUCGGUUAUUGCAUUACCCAGGUGAAGUAAACGAGUCUGACAGUGGAAAUUACGGUGCAUCAGCUCAUUCAGAUUAUGGUGCGAUAACUCUUCUAGCAACAGAUGGCACUCCUGGCCUGCAGAUAUGCAGGGAGAGGGAUAGGCGUCACCAGCUAUGGGAAGAUGUUCAUCACGUUGAUGGGGCCCUUAUUGUUAAUAUCGGCGAUUUGUUGGAAAGGUGGACGAAUUGUCUUUUCAGAUCUACACUGCAUCGCGUUGUUGCAGUUGGUAAAGAGCGCUAUUCUGUUGCUUUCUUUCUUGAUCCAAACCCCGAUUUACUUGUGGAGUGCUUGGAGAGCUGUUGCAGCGAGGCAAAUCCGCCGAGGUUUCCUCCUAUCAGGAGUGGCGAUUACUUGAACGAGCGAUUAAGUGCUACAUACAAAUAAUCCUCCGUCACUACAUAUGUAAAGCUAAGUUUAUCUAGAUUUCGUUCGGGCUUGGCAGCCGUUAAGAAUGCUUGACUGCACCAUCAGGAAACUUAGUAUCAUAGUACCAUUUGAACUGAAACUAUUUUGCGAGCACGCAAGAAAGAUAGACAUGUGAACUGGA